UCCCACACCCAAUAAUUUCUCCAUCCUCAACAGAACUACGAGUUUCUACAAAGCAAAAACCUGAAAACGGAAAACCUAUCGCAGCACGCUCUUUCAUCUCUCACUCAUGGCAACAACACUCAUGUUUUUCCGACCAACCAUGAUCCGGGCCUCCGCUGGUUCUCCCGGCAAGCCCGACCCGAGAAACAGGAAGCCCGUUUCCUCCAACUGGUGGGCUCCGCUGUUCGGAUGGCCCGCGGAUCCGGACUACAUGGGCCCAUUGCAGAAGGCGAGUGAGAAAUCGGAUCCGGAGCGGGAAGUGGGCCUGGACCUGGGCCGGCCCAGAUCCAAGUUCACAGCGGGGUGCUUCACGGAGAAGAAGGCGAAAGAGCUGAGAAAGAAGACCGUGGAAACGUCGACGUUUCAUGACAUCAUGUACCACUCCGCUAUUGCAUCCAGACUCGCGUCCGAUGUUUCCAAAGGGUACGAGAAAUAAAUGUUUGGUUUUAAUUAAUGUUUUUUCUACCCUUAGACUCAGACUCACUCAUCGUUGUAUUUCGCUUUAAUUUCUUUCAACUAUGAACUAUUGGCCUGUUCAUGAUUUGGGACUCAUUGUAAUUAAUCUAUGUGCGUGAUUUGUCUCCUUAUGUUCUA